AUGGCGCCUUUUAUUGCUUUCAUCAAUUUUUUUGGCGUUGGUGGUGGUGGUGAAGGCGGUUUGUAUGAAUAUGAAAGUGGAGUUGCGAUGACAAGAGAUCCCAAGCCAAGGCUGAGGUGGACUAGUGAUCUUCAUGAUCGGUUUGUUCAUGCUGUCACUAAGCUUGGUGGCCCUGACAAAGCAACUCCCAAGUCAAUGCUGAGACUCAUGGGCUUAAAGGGAUUAACAUUGUACCAUUUAAAGAGCCAUUUACAGGCUUCCAGGAAACAGGAUACGGUAGAGCAAAACAUUGAGAACAGUGGUAAGUCUGUACCAUAGUAUAGGGUUUGUACAGCUUGCGGAAAAACAUGAAUUAAUUAUCAAACACCUCCAUUAGAUGAUUAAGAAAUGCAAUCCAGAUAUUCCAGAAGUAAAAUAAGAAAACUUGCAAUAGGUUCUGAUAAU